AUGGCGGCAUUCUCGACGGGACCAGUUUCGGCUACCCAUGAUACCCCCCAUUAUUACGUUCCUUCACCAAGAAGUCGGUCAUUGGUUCCAUUAUCUUCUUCUUCUCAAGAUUCUUCCUUUGACAUGUCCGAAUUAUCGAGGCGAAUAGAAGGAUUGCAGACGGCCGAAAACGUUUUGGCGAAUGACAGCGAUGGCAUCAUUAGUUUGCCCGUUAUUGCCUUUGAUGCUCUGCUCCCCAAUCAACGCAUGAAGGGACGAACCACCGAUCGGACGUUUGGUCGGUUAUUGGCCGGUCUGGGUCUCGGAGGAUUAUUCUGUAUGGUUAGUGUCAAUCAUGCCCAUCGCAAGGUGCGACGCAAUGGCGUCAUUUGUCGCAUUGAACUCUGCGAUGCUCCUGCCAGUGGAAAUUCAGCCAAUGGUCGAGCCAUGACGGCCGUCGAUUUCCAAUUGGUGGGGUUGCGACGGUGUCGAUUGGUGGGACCACCGACGGGUAUGAAGGCACGCAUUGGACGAUGGAGACGCAUGUAUUGUCCGGAUGGAGAAGGAAGCAAAUUGGGAUUUGGUGACGAACGCUUUGUCGAUGUUUAUGAUCACAUGGCAUCCCAACUAGACGACGACAAUAAACUGGUUGCAGCCGAAGACGCCACGGGACUUCCUUCCAAGAGAUGGACCCAAGUUCCAGUCGAUUGUGAUGUGGAUAAGGGUGAUAAGAUCGCACAAAAUGAAGACCCAGAGAAAGAACAAGUAGUGGAAAGGGCACAUGCCGUUAUCGCCCUAUUGGAUAAAUGGGAAAAACUGGCCUCAGAUGUCAAAACUUACGAAAACACAGAUGUGGUAGCAGGAAGUCGUGUCAUGAAAGGACAACCGGGGUUGCGUGUGGAUCCAGCAGCCUUGUUGAGAGUUGUACGCAAGGAUAUUGGGCCUCGACCCUCACCCGAAGACCCAACAUCGUUGGCCCUUUGGGGAGCCUCACUCAUCAAUCCACUACCAUCGUUAGGGGUGGCACCCGAAAUUCGUGGAAAGCUCUUGGAAUCACCCAGCGCCAUGGACAAACUAGAUGUACUGGAAGCCGGUUUGAAGCGUUCCAUUGGCAAUUUGGAAGGAAAUUUGCCGUUAUUUUGA